AUGGAGGAACCCGACCCUGCCAUCUCCCCGGCGGUGCACCGGGACCUGCAAACAGACCUGAAGGUUGCGCCGACUUCUUGCUCCAGCCACUCCCUGCAACUUUCCCCCAACACCAGCAAAAUCUGCAGCGCUACCAGUUGCAACACCAGCAGCUGCAAUAGCAGUAAAAUCUGCAGCGGUACCAGUUGCAACACCAGCAAAAUCUGCAGCGGUACCAGUUGCAACACCAGCAGCGGCUGCAACACCAACAAAAACUGCAGCGGCACCAGUUGCAACACCAGCAAAAUCUGCAGCGGUACCAGUUGCAACACCAGCAGCGGCUGCAACACCAACAAAAACUGCAGCGGCACCAGUUGCAACACCAGCAAAAUCUGCAGCGGCACCAGUUGCAACACCAGCAAAAUCUGCAGCGGCACCAGUUGCAACACCAGCAGCGGCUGCAACACCAGCAAAAACUGCAGCACUACCAGUUGCAACGCCAGCCGCUGUAACAGCAGCAAAAUCUGCAGCGGUACCACUUGCCACACCAGCAGCAGCUGCAGCAACAGCAACAGCAGCAAAAUCUGUAACAGCAGCAACCACGGCGGCGGCGGCAACCACAACAACAGCUGCUGCAAGGCGAGCUGCCAUUCGCAGGCCGGGGACGAGAGGAAAGUUGGCCGUUGCCAGCCCGAUGCCGCAAGUCCGGAGAAGGAGGUGCCGGUCGGUGCGGUCAGCCGGCAGAGCAAUGAGCUGAGGCUGAACCGCCGCCGCACCAAGUCGUUGCCCUGCCUGCACGACCCCUCCGACUUCUUCAGCGAAUUCAACGGGGGGCUGCGCAAGAAGGUGAAGUUCGCCGACUCGCUGGGGCUCAGCCUGGCCAGCGUCAAGCACUUCCGAGCCAGCGACGAGCCCUACAUCCCGUCCAAGGUCUUCCUGCGGCUCCAGAGCUUUCCGGCCAUCGUGGACGACCUGAACGAGAAGUUCAAAGCGCUGGGAAUCCACUGCCUGCGACCCGCCUUCUCCAUGCCCUGCGAGGCCAGCGACUUCCUGCAGCGGGCCGAGAGGGACCGGGUCUGCCUGGAGAAGGUCACGGUCAGCCACUUCGAUGUGCACGGGAUGAUCAGGGUCCUGAACAUCUCCUACGUCAAGGAGGUGACUGUCCGCUACACCUUCAACAACUGGCUCUCCUGCAUGGACACGCCUGCCAAGUACGUGGAAGGGUCCAGCCACUCGGGCACCGACCAAUUCUCCUUCGACCUGUCCAUCCCCCCUUUCUUGGACCAGGGUUCCUUCGUCCAUUUCGCCAUCUGCUACAGGGCAGACAACGAGGAGUACUGGGACAAUAACUUCGACAAAAAUUACUCCCUGCAGUGUGAAUCCACGUCAGACGAACACGCCAACACUUAGGAUCUUUAAACACACAUUUGCAUAUGUCCUCUAUUAAAGAGGUGCCAUCUCCUCUAGUUUGAUGACAUAAGCCGCGGGUUUUUUUUAAAAGCUCCAGGCGUCAAACUUACCCAAGGAAGUGUAUUAUUAUAUGUUCCAGUCUUAGGAUAGAGUUUGAGGUAUGCUAUUGACAGUACAGUUAUUGAAGAAAAUUAAAGUGGCAAUGGUAUCAAGAAUAUCUGAUUUACAAUCAAAAGAUUCCACUGUGCACACACAAGUGGCAGAAUUGACAAUGGGAAUGACAGUGUACAAACCUUUGGAUAUUUUGUAGUUUAAGAGCUUUGCUGAAACUGCAUUCCAUUUCCUCCAUCUUCUGAUUUUCUAUUGUUACGUUUGCCUUCCUUUUAGGAGAGACUUAUAAACAUCCCUUGUCCAGGAGCUGGGUACAGAAUCUGCUCCCAGGCAACUCCAAUGCCACUGUCUGCUAGGAGUUGUGGAGAGUGGGAGGUUUGGUAUGACACCCGAAUUUCCACCAACUCCCCCUCCCCGACAGCAGUGCCAAGAUUGUAAACACAAAAUUACAUUCUAUUGUUUUGUAAUAAGGAUAGUUAUGUACAGUGUAUUACUGCAGUGCCUUACAGUUUGUCUAACUGCAAAAAGACAACUUGAAGUUGUCCUCUCAGCUUAAAGGUUUAAAUUUUUUAUGUGUAGACGAUCGCAUUUUAUGAAUUGUCUAAAAAUGAUCCAGAAAUGAAUUAUGCAGUUGCUCUUAGAUGCUCUGGUAUGUGUGUGUCAGGGAGAUUUUAAUGAUCUGAGGAUAAUAACCCAUAUAGAGGAUUAUAGAACACAAUACAUUUGGCUAUUGAUGAGGAAUAAAUUACUUGAUCUUUAACAGUACAUAUACUGGAUGUUAAUUAAUGUACAGUGGAAAGCUUAAUUUGUUUGGCAGGAUAAUUCAGGAGGAGUUGGUUUACAUCUGACUGUCAGCACAAGCCCCUCUGAAGUGGUUUUAACUCUUAGUGACAUAAGUGGCUAGAAAGCCUUUUACACCACAGGAGAUAUGUAUUGUUUAUGGGAUGGACUUGCAGUCAGAAUAAAAUAGAAAACUCUAUUUACUAAUGCAUGCAAAUGGAACACAUAUAACAUGACAUUUAAAAUUAAUUA